ACUACAUCAUCUCUACAUAUACAAUAUAACCAAUCAUCCCCAACACAUCCAAAACAUCCCAAACAAAAUGACCACCCCCAACCCCAUAACCCAAACCCCUUCAUACGACCCCCUCCAAACCACCCACAUCUCCACGCGGCCCCAAAAGCCCAUCGAAAUCAUCGACCCCAAUCCCACCUGGCCACACACCUUCACCCUGAUCUCCCAACGCAUCCAAAGCGCCCUCGGUCCCACGCUCCUCUCCAUCGAACACGUCGGCUCGACCAGCGUGCCCUCCCUCCCCGCAAAAGACGUCAUCGACAUCGACAUCCUCGUCGAGGACCCCAGCGCCGAGGAAAGCUACAUCCCCGCGCUCGAGGCGUUGGGGUUCCAGUUCCUAAUCCGCGAGGAGCACUGGCAUCGGCAUCGGCUGUUGGGUCUUGAAGACCCAUACGUCAACUUGCAUGUGUUCGGGCCAGAGAGUCUGGAGGCUAUCCGUCACCGGCUGUUUCGGGAUUGGUUGCGGUCUCAUCCUGAGGAUAGGGAUCUGUAUGCGAAGGCGAAGAGGGAGGCGGCGGCGGAGAGUCGCGCGAUGGGAGAAACGGUUAUGCAGUAUAAUGAUCGGAAGGAGCCGGUGAUAAGGGACAUUUUGAGGAGGGUGUAUGAGGCGAAUGGGAUGCUAGAGUGAUCUGGGUUUUGGUUGACUAGUGGGUAGGUAUGUAUGUGUCUUGCGUAGAAGAGAUGUUAUAGUUUGGUGGUCAGGGGUUUAGUUGUU